ACAAAAAUCCCUCUCUGAUGAUGGGUGAAAGGCUACUGGUCACUGCAAUCAACAGCGACGACGAUAAUAUCACCACUACCAGCAGCAGCGGCAACACCAGCAGCAGCGGCAACAACGAGACCAACAAGAACAAUAUGAUUCAUGCUAGUUCUACUACUUCCGGUGCUGCUGCUAGGGUUAUGGACAAGCCAUCAGCGCAGGAUCAAUCGCAGGCCGUCCUGAGAUGCCCUCGCUGCGAUUCGUCGAACACCAAGUUCUGCUACUACAACAAUUACAGCCUAUCUCAGCCGCGGCACUUCUGCAAGGCCUGUAAGCGGUACUGGACGCGCGGCGGCACCCUCCGGAACGUCCCGGUAGGUGGCGGGUGCCGCAGGAACAAGCGCGCCAAGAAGCCGGCGGCUGCCCCCAUGGCACCGCCGAACCAUCCGCACCGCCGCCCUCUUCUGCCGCCUGAUCCGGUCCCUUCCCUCUUGGUGCAGAGACCUUCUCCAUCCCACCUCGACGCCGCUGCGCUUUAUGCUCUGCAAACGGCGUCCUCAUCGUCGGAUAUGAGCCUCACGUUGCCAAUUAUUAUGAACAGUCUCCACAUCCCCUCUUGCACUACUGCCUUCGAUCUGCAGCCUCAUCUCGGCGCACCCGGACUCGGGCUUCCAUCCAAUCCGCAGCGUGAGAACGAGUACCAUCUCGGUGAGCUUCAGCCAUUGUCGCCGGUGGACGACUAUCCACUUUUUGGGUCAUCUUUGCCAUCUGCAUCACAGCUAGCGUCGAGCAUUAAGCAGCUCAAGCAAGUGGCGGACUACCAGGCCAUAUUGCCCUUCGAUGAACUGCAAGCCUCUGGCAUCGGUGGGAGUCUUAAUGCCAUGACGAAGGAAGUGAAGUGGGAAGGGCAAACCAAUAACUUGAUGAACAGCUGCACAGAUUGGCAGAUUCCAUCAGUGAACUCGUUGGAUAAUUUUGGUCCAGCUGCAGCCACGUACUGGAAUUUAGUCAUCGGCGGCACCGGUGGUUGGCCGGACGGCAUGAACUAUGGUUCAUCAGUCACUCCUCUGAUCUAGUCUAAGGGUGAAGUGCGGCCGAUAAGUAUUGUCUCUCAAUCCUGUUCAUUCAUGGUUGUUGCAUCUUCUUUUUCAUUACGAUGUUUCCGAAUUAUACAUGGUAGUAAGGUCAGUGCGCUAUAUCUAUAUUACAUGCUCACUGUAAUGUGGUGGCGGGGGCGGAUUACUAGAGCAGUGCCGAUCGGAGAGAUCCUGUCGGUUUGCAAACGUCUCAGUUUGUUGGGAGAGGACCCUCGGAUCUUUUCAGCUCAAUAACGUGUAUUGUCAUCAGUUUUUAGUGAACUAGGAAGAAGAAGAAGCUGGAGGAGUGAGCUGGUCUUGCAUGUAUGUACAUAGCAGGCAUGGCAUAUACCAUCUUCUUAUUGAGUGGUUUGCGUUUUUUGGGCAUUGUCAGAAGUCUUCAUCAUCUUCUUCUUCGUCAGUUGAGGUGAUUUAUGCUGUUGAAGAAGCCAAUUAACAAUUGAGAUAUUUAUCUUUUUCGCUUUUGUGUGUUUUUUUGGUGUGUUGGCAGAAAGAACUUGGUACAUAUAGUUUUCUGUAGUGGGAUUUCAUUUCACUUUUAUGAGUGAUCUAUUGCCUGCUUUUUGGCCUUUCUUUCACUGUAACAAGUAUUAACUCUGCUCAUAUUGAUAGUGGACUGAAUGGGCAUGUUUGCUCUGAUGAUUA